UUCCGAACAAACGGAAUGAAUUAGCAAAUGUAGGCAGCAAACAAGAAAGCCUCUCUUCGAGUAGGAUCAGCCACAUAAAGUGAAACAAUUUCAAAAUAGCCCGCCUCGGAAGCAGAAGUGUGUGUAUAUUGUUUUGUAACAGCAGGGUGUUUAAAUUAUGGAUAAAGUGCUGACAAAUUCUAACAAUGAGUGUCAUACGGCGACGUUUUGUGUAAACGCAAGACAAGAGACAGAAUUGAAAACCAAAUGAGCUGAGCUGUCGAGAACAAGGACAACAGGGAUAGACGGCAUCACCAGCAAAUACCUUCAAGCUCAAAUACUGCGAACAAAAGCAGCAACUACAAGAACAACAACAGCAACAACAGGACAACAGCUGUGUCCACACAGCAGAAGGCACGUGGAAUAUGAUUAUCGGCAUGAAUCAAACGGACUCGGCGCUGUCAGCAAGCAAUGCGGAGUCCCUCAGCGCCUUCGCCAGCUCGGGAUUCAUCGACUCCCAGGAGCAACGGCAUACACUGGACUAUUUGGAGAUGGGCGCGGGUGGUGGCAGUACCGCCGUCGCCACCACUCAGUACAUACAGGGAAAUCACAGUGGCUUCAAUGCCACCAAUUUCAACGGCACGUCCGGCGGCAUGCCAGCUAUGGAUCCCGUGCUCAUCGAACGGUUUCUGCGUAAUCGCAGUAUAGACGGACCUUGGUAUCAUUUGCUCAUUGCCAUGUACAGCGUGCUCAUUGUUUUUGGGGCCCUUGGCAACGUACUGGUGGUCAUAGCAGUGCUGCGAAAGCCAAUAAUGCGCACCGCUCGAAACCUCUUCAUACUCAAUCUGGCCAUAUCGGAUUUACUGUUAUGCCUGGUUACAAUGCCGUUGACUUUAAUGGAAAUUCUAUCGAAAUUUUGGCCAUUCGGCUCGUGCGCCAUUCUUUGCAAAAUGAUUGCCAUGCUGCAGGCCCUGAGCAUAUUCGUUUCUACGAUUUCCAUAACAGCCAUCGCGUUCGACAGAUAUCAGGUCAUUGUGUAUCCAACGCGGGAUAGUCUUCAGUUCGUGGGUGCUGUUACGAUCCUGGCAGGCAUUUGGUUGCUGGCCUUGCUGCUCGCCUCGCCCAUGUUCAUCUUUAAGAGGCUGGUGAACACCGACACCCCGCUGCUACUGCAGCGCAUUGGCUUCCAGGACACGCUCUCGUUCUGCAUCGAGGACUGGCCGCUGAACCAUGGCCGCUUCUAUUACUCGAUCUUCUCGCUGUGCGUGCAAUAUCUGGUGCCCAUCCUGAUCGUGUCAGUUGCCUACUUUGGUAUCUACAACAAGCUGAAGAAUCGCAUCACCGUCGUCACCGUGCAGGCCUCCACGCAGCGCAAGGUGGAGCGGGGGCGGCGCAUGAAGCGCACCAACUGCCUGCUGAUCAGCAUUGCCAUCAUCUUUGGCGUCUCGUGGCUGCCUCUGAACUUUUUCAAUUUGUACGCGGACAUGCGAAGAUCGGUCGUUACUCAGGGCAUGCUGGUCGCCUACGCCAUUUGCCACAUGAUAGGCAUGAGCUCUGCUUGCUCCAAUCCGCUGCUAUAUGGAUGGCUGAAUGACAACUUCCGCAGCAGCGUUCAGGCGGCGGCGCGUCGACGACGCAAACAGGGCGCCGACAUUUCCAAGGGCGAGCUGCGAUUGUUGGGCAGCGUGGCUGGCGGUGGCGGCGGUGAUUUUGUCGGUGGUGCAGCCGGUAGCGAUGGGGACGCAGCCUGCAGAGAUUAUACAACAACCGCCUGCAGCAUGGGACAUAAUAUAUAUGGAUUGCGCAGUGCUGUGACCGAGUCAGUGGCCCUAACGGAGAAUCCCAUGCCCUCGGAGAUGACAACGCUUAUGCCUCGGCCAAAUGUUAGCUGAACGUGGCUUUAAGCAGCCACCAGCAGUGGGCCGGCCACAAAUUGGGGCACAUCUCGAUCCAGAAUCGACCACAAUGCAAAUAAAACUCUUACGAGAUGCACACCAGAAAUUGCAACAAAAUGAUAAAUGUGUAUACAAUAUAGAUGAGGAUGUAGGUUUAGACUAACUAAUUACGAGUACAAGUGAUUCAAAGCUAAGCUGAGUUACCUUUAAGUUUCGGGAGGCACACCAAUUUACCAAAACAACAAACAA